AUGGAGCCCAGCCACUACACCAAGAGCGGACAGCCUGCUCUGGAAGAACUCACGGGGGAAGAUCCGGAGGCUCGGCGGCUGCGGACAGUGAAGAACAUCGCUGAUCUGCGGCAGAACUUGGAGGAAACCAUGUCUAGUUUACGGGGAACUCAGGUUACACACAGCACAUUGGAAACCACAUUUGACACCAACGUCACCACGGAGAUAAGUGGCCGUAGCAUCCUCAGCUUGACGGGGAGGCCCACCCCUCUGUCCUGGCGACUGGGCCAGUCCAGCCCUCGGCUUCAAGCAGGAGACGCCCCCUCCAUGGGCAACGGGUACCCGCCUCGCGCCAACGCCAGCAGGUUCAUCAACACCGAGUCGGGUCGGUACGUGUACUCUGCCCCUCUGAGAAGGCAGCUGGCCUCCAGGGGCAGCAGCAUCUGCCACGUGGACGUCUCAGACAAGGCAGGAGAUGAGAUGGACCUGGAAGGCAUCAGCAUGGACGCCCCUGGCUACAUGAGCGACGGGGACGUCCUGAGCAAGAACAUCCGGACAGACGACAUUACCAGUGGGUGA